AUGAGGUUCCUGGUUUUUGCCUUGCUCGUUGGAGCUGUGUGUGCCACAGAAGAUGACAAAAUUGUUGGAGGGCGUGAGUGUGUCCCUCAUUCCCAGCCCCAUCAGGUGUCUCUGAACUCUGGCUAUCACUUCUGCGGUGGCUCCCUGAUCAAUGAGAACUGGGUUGUGUCUGCUGCUCACUGCUACAAGUCUAAAAUGGAUAUUGUUCUUGGAGAUCACAACCGCUGGUUCAUGGAUGGUAAUGAGCAGAUCAUCUCUGCUGAACGUGUGAUUCCUCAUCCCAACUACGAGUCCUAUCUGGUGAACAACGACAUCAUGUUGAUCAAGCUGAGCGAACCCGCCACCAUCAACCAGUUCGUUCAGCCCGUGGCUCUGCCCUCCAGCUGUGCCCCUGCUGGCACCAUGUGCACAGUGUCUGGAUGGGGUGUGACCAUGAGCUCCGGUAAGCACCACAACCCUGCUGACAGUAACAAGCUGCAGUGUCUGAACAUCCCCAUCCUGUCUGAGGAAGACUGUGACAACUCCUACCCCGGGAUGAUCACAGAGGCCAUGUUCUGUGCCGGAUACCUGGAGGGAGGCAAGGACUCCUGCCAGGGUGACUCAGGCGGCCCGGUCGUGUGUGACGGGGAACUUCAAGGUGUUGUGUCCUGGGGAUUUGGAUGUGCAGAGAGGAACCAUCCUGGUGUCUAUGCAAAGACUUGCAUCUUCAUUGACUGGCUGCAGAGCACCAUGGCCUCUUACUGA